AUGAGCAAAGGACAACCAGAUGAAUCUACGAUUGAAGCAGUAUGUAAUUACAUGCUACAACAAAAUCGUCCUUAUAGCGCUGUUGAUGUUUGGAAUAAUCUUCGACAAGAAUAUCCUAAAGCGGCCAGUUUCUUAUUAUCAUUAAACGAUUUCCUUUGGCAAGUUGUAAAGUGCUUGGAUAUUGGAGUGGAACGAAAAAUUUUGUGUGAGAAACUCAUUUCAAAGCAAAAGAUUUAUUUUGCUGAUCAGAGCAAAAUUAAAAAAUGUAAUGAAGAAGAACUUCGUGUUAUGAAUGAAGCUAUUGCCUCAAAGAAAAGUCGUCAAACUGAUCUAAGCAACGAGCUAAAGGCUUUGAAAAGUGAAUUGAAAACAUAUGAAACUUCACUGAGUAUUGAAGAAAUGUAUGCUCUGAGGGAGAGAUUAAAAACAGAGAUAAAGGAAAUGGAACUUCAUAUUAGUAAUGUAGAAGAGUCUGCAAAAACAGUUGCAAUAAAUAAAACAAAAAAACCAGAUCUUGUUGCAAAGCUGGAAUCUUAUAAGAAGCAGUGCAAGGAACGAAAACGUUUAGCGGAAAGUAUUGUGGAAACAAUUUGUGAAAAUACUGACCUUUCAAAGAAAAAAUUGAUAGAUGAGAUGGGUUUUGAAAUGGAAUAA